UCUAUCGAAACGUUCGAGACCGAGCAGGGUUUUUAUUAAUUCCGCUGCGAUGUUUGUCUAAACUCUUUUUGUGCCGGCCCACGUGUGAGAAUUUGAAAGCGAGAUAAUACACAUACGCACGUGCUCCUUGGCGACCCUCGCGUGCUGGGUUCGAGAGCAACGGUUUAAUUGAGACAGAGGAUGUAUUUUCACUUUGUUACUCGGGUAGGGUUUGCAGUUUAGCGCACCGUUGCGAUCCCCUUUCCCCUUGAGCGGCUGGAGUCGCGCGGUGCAUGGUGGGACCUGCAGUCCUCGCUCCUCCCUUCUCAGGGCGAACGCGGUCAGGGCGUGGAUGUCGGAGCACUACAACUCCCACACGAGCUCGGCUCCAUCUGCCCCUCUCUCUCUCCCACCCGACCAGAGACAGAGAGAUACGGUACGAACCCCCCCGGACUUUCAGAACCGAAAAUCGUCGAGAUUAGUGUACUGCCAGCGACAAGAACGGAAGACCGGAUUAAAGCCGUUAUCUUGAUGCGCGAACAUCUUCCAAAUGUCGGUCAAACGGAACUGUACACUAACCGGAGAAGAACUCUAUAAAAAGUCACUUGUCCACACACACUGAGUAAUGUGUUGAGAAAACGCCUAUGCAGGUGGAUCCCUCACCAAUGAAUGUAGGAGAUGGAGGGACGGUGAGCAGAGAGAGCAGUGCCCCUACCCAGGUGUCUGAGAGCAUGGUGGGGAAUCCACAGCAGACACUGCCUCUUGAACUUAGAGGUGAUGUACCUCAAAGUCAGCAGAACAAGCUGAGGGCAACCACAGACUGCAAAAUACCCAACGUCUGCUCAGAAGCAAACAAUUCAAAUCAUUGUCCCCUAGAUCCUUCCCCCCAACAUCACAGUAAUGUGUUCAGCACUGAUCCCAUGAGCACAACGUUGCCUGAUCGGACUGAGGUUUCCAAAAGUAAGAUUGACAGUUCUGGCAUAUAUUCCACUCACCAGUGGCCUUGUGGUAAAAAUGUCACCGCAGAGGACCCUGUGAAUUCUAUUCACUCUAGUAUAAACCUAAACAAGAAGACUAAUGCACCAGCACCAACCCAGCCUGUGAUAAGCGUUCCUUUGGGGUUCCAGUGCUCCACGCUUUUUAAACCCGGCCAGCCUGUUGCUUUCCUUCCCCCCUCCAAUUUUUCUUCUCCUCUCUGUAAGAUCACAUUGCCACCAGGGUUAGGUCAGAUUGCAGCACUGAGAGAAGCCACUGCUAGCCAGUUUCAAAAGGACUGCACAGCACAAAGCUCUUGUUCGAGUGUCACACCUAUGCUCAAAUCAUACCCAUAUCACUUUUCCGUGGGGAGAGGACCUGGUGCUGAGAAGAGGCCUCAGUCUUCAGGAUCCAAAGUCAGGUGUGAUUCUUUGUCCAAGGGCUUUCAAGGUGGAGCUGAGCAUAAAGCCACAAUGUCUGCUGUAUCAGCCCCAGCUCUUGGCCUUCCAGUACAGCAAGCAACGCAGGGCUCGACUCCACCAACCCGUUACACCAUCUCUCCCACUGCUGCCAUCUGCUGCAGCCCAGCUCUUGCAAAUAUCACCACUCAAAGUCGGCUGCUUAGCCUUGUAGAAAAAGGUUUGACGUACCGAGGUACCGAAAAAACCUCGUUGGCGUAUCUGAAACCAAAAACUCUGUCCUCUCCAGAGGAGCACAGUGUUUCUUGCCCCGUUGAGUCAAGGGACGUGCCCCUUGAUCUGUCUGCAAAGUCCAAGCGACAAAAAAACAUUAAAGAUGGUCAGAACAGCCCAUUGGUGGCCACGGAACAUCAUUCUGCUGAGUCUCAUCAGAAGAAUGUUUCUGGUCCAAAAAAGGUUCAUUCUGCUUCCUUUGGAUCAUCCAAUACAUAUGACACCCAAAGAAAUGGUGCAACUCAGAAAUCAUCUUCAAAACUAACUAAUCACCAUGCUUUGGAACCCAAUGCAUCCUGGGCCAAAGGCUCAUCUCCUGGCUCCUUGAAUAAUCUCCCUGGUACAUAUGUAGGAGUGGCAAGCCCCAUUCUAGCAUCUACUUUACGUAGCAAAGAUGGAAAAAGUGCUGCUUUUGUUGAAGAUAUUCAGACAUUUGCCAAACAGGAAACCAUCUCCAUCAUCGACCAAGGAGAGCAGCCGGUCUGUAGAGAGAAGAAAGCGCCAUUUACUAUUAAAGGUGCCCAGCAUAAUAAAGGUGGAAAGCUCUCGACAGUAACUCAACAAGGUUUUUUAUCCACCCAUUUAUGUGCUACAGCAAAUUCGCAGCCCCACCAAAAAUCUGUUGGUGGAAAGGGAGGCACCCUGUUCACACCUCCAGUUAAAUCCUUGUGGCAGCCACCUUGUGUUCUUUCCCAAGGAACAUCCCUGCAGAAGAGACCAAGUGUGACUCAAGCACCAAAGACGAAGAGCACCCUCGGUUGUGAGAGAGCCCUGUUCCAUAACUCCCACUUAAGCCCAACUAAAGUAGAGGAUGAAAAGUGGGAGAAGUCCAAAUCCCCCCUGUCUAACCUUGAGUCGAUAGUAAAGCAGAAAACUCUCGAGACCACUGCGCUUACUGGUGAGAACUACUGUAAUCUGUCUUCUGUGGGAUCCAAGAGGCCUGAGGUAGCCAGCAUGCAGAACAGGUGUCAGGAGUCCGCGUUGCAGCAGACCCUAACAGCUGGUUCUCCCCCAUUCAGGGCCAUAGAAGGACAGGUCAUCAAGUCAGACAGAACCUCUCCACAAACGGAUGCCAUAGCAGCUCUAAGCAGACCGGAGAUCACAACUGUUCCUGUGCCCAAUGAUAACAAACGAGAGAAACAAGCUAAACAUAAAGAAAAUCAAGCAUCUGAUGGUAGACAGAAAAUUAAAUCUAGUACCCCUAGUAAAAGGAGUGCUCCCAAUGUUAAAGGAGAAUGGAAGGAAAGGAAAUUGGCUCAACAGUUAGAGGAUGAGAACGCAAAAGAGGAGAAGGCAUCAGAGAGGAAGAUUUCUUCUCAUGUUCAGGUAGACGGGAUAGCCUUAUCCCUCCUUCAGAACCAGACCACAGAAGCAGACGGAGAGGCAAAAAUGAAUGGAGCCACAGAGGAGAUACCUUCCAAAGGAAAAGUAUCCGCCACCAAACAGAAGAACCUGAAAAAGCCUGCCAAGGAGAAGGUACCUUCUGAAGUGCAAAAAAAGACAGUAACUAAGAAGCAGAAACAUAAAAACAGUCUACCAAUCAAGAAGGACCCCUCCCAUAAAAAGAAGAAAGAUCCAUUGCCUGGAGUGGGAAAAAGUGUGCUGAAAAAUGGAACAAGCUCAGCCUCUAAAGUAGUGGGAAAGACUCGCAAAGGGAAAAACUGUCCGGCUAAUAUGGAGCACUCCGACUCAAACAGAAUAGUCACAGAUUCAGAGAACAGUCCAUGCAGAAGUCCUCAGGUUGACAGAGAUUCAAGCUCUCUCAGCAGUCCAGGCUGGCCUAGUAAGGAAUCAGACUCCCAGGAGGAGGCCUCUCCGCGGCUGAGACGAGGGCGCAGACGGACUGAUGAAGCGUUGCUCCGAGACUGGAGCUUCGCUACUCCACCUACUCCUCCCCCUCUCGAUCCCCCCUCUAUACCACCCCCUGUACCAGUCCGCCGGCCGCGCGGCAGGCCUCGAAUCAAUCCUCUGCCCGAGGAGGUGGAUGCGGACAAGGCAAGGCCCACUGAGGGUGGGAACACCUCUUCAAUAAAGAAAAGGAAACGUUGCAAGAAUCGUAAAUAUCAGAACGGGGAAUACAUCACAGAGAAAGAUAAGGUGGCAGAUGGAGAGGAGGAGAAGCUGGGCGUGGAAGAUGGUGAGGCCACUAAUGAGAAGAUGGGUGUGUACCCUUGUCUCAGUGCUACAUUGACCGGUGAAGUGCCCAGUCCAGAUAUUAGCCCUAGGAAGACCCUGUUCACACGUUCGGGCUCAGCACGGCCUCAAGAGAGCCCACCCAACACACAGCCUGAUGACAAACCCUCAGGGAAGAGGAAGUUCAAAAGUAAACACUUGUGUGACACUGACGACCAGAAAAAGCUCAAGACUAAGAAAGGCAGCUUGGGUAAACGCACAGGGCCCCUCAUUUCAGAUGAGGAUGGUCCAGCCACCAAGAAAACCCCAACUACUCCUUAUGCUUCUCCCAAGCAUUCAAACUCACCACUAUCUGGUAAAAAAGGAAUAGCUGGGAAAUCAGGAAUCCCUGAAACAACUCCAAGCCGUCCAGUGCCUCCAGAAGUGCGUCGACUGAUUGUCAAUAAGAAUGCAGGAGAGACGCUGUUACAGAGAGCUGCUCGAUUAGGUUACCAGGAUGUGGUUUUAUAUUGCUUGGAAAAGGAUGUGCGAGAGGUGAACCGUCGCGAUAACGCGGGUUACACGGCACUACAUGAGGCCUGUGCACGUGGCUGGACGCACAUCGUACAGGUGCUGCUGAAGCAUGGCGCAGAUGUUAACUGCAGUGCACAGGAUGGAACGCGCCCAAUUCAUGAUGCAGUAGCAGCUGAUAAUCUGGCUGCCGUCUGGAUGCUAUUAAAUCAUGGGGCAGAUCCCACACUGGCAACUUACUCUGGUCAGACCGCAGUUAAACUAGCCCAGAGUCCCGGAAUGAAAACUUUCCUCAAAGAGUACUUCACUGAUUUAGAAGGACGAACAGACCAAGAUCCAAAACUACAGUGGGAUUUCUACAGUAGUUCUGUAUUUGAGACAGAACAGGAACCUUGCUGGGACUUCCUACUGUCUCAGCCUGAGGAAGACAGCGUAGACAACUUGAGCGAGCAGGUGAAGGAGAAAGACACUGAUACAGACUGUCUUGUGUUCGAGUUCUCCUCCGAUCCCCUCCUACCCUGCUACCACGUCCAAGUAUCACUAAUGCAGGGGUUUUGUAACUGGUUUUUGGUGGCGGAUGUGCUGAAGCGGCUUAAGAUGUCAGCACGUAUAUUCCGGGCUCGGUACCCUCAGUUUGAGGUGGUGAGCAUCGCUCAGGCAGAGCUGUGGAAGCAGGUCUCCGUCAGUCAAACGUGCAUGGUUCCGGAUGAGCUCCAGAUGGAUGACGAAGACGGAGAGGAGACGGUGGAGCUGGUGCGAUGCGUACCAGAGCUACAGGGACUGUUAGGCUCCUCCAUACAACUCCUCAGAGAAGAUGAGGAAGACGAGUCAGGGCCCAACACCAGACCCUGCAGUCGAUAGCAACUCCUGCCCUAAAUCUCCUGGGAUCGUCAGCAGCCGUCCUCAGUCAUGCGCGGGUCCGAUGGCCUGUUACCAGUACCAGCACUUUGUAUGUUCAGAAUCCGCAAGAAAGGUCCUAUUUUCUCACAGACAUACCCCCCCUCCCAGUAAUGACAGGGGCCCUAAGGAGCAACUUUGCCAUGCCAUCACCCAUGGAGAAAGGCUAGAGACGGACACAACUGGGACGCAACUUUCAUGCUCCUUGUGUAGGGUUUUUUUUUUUUUUUUUUUUUAAAUAAACCUAUAUGUAUAAGUAAAUAUAUAUGUAUAUCUUGACAUCAGGGUGAACGCAUCUGGUUGUAACUUAUCAUUAACAUGUUUUAUGUUCGUUCGUUAUUGACGGUCCUUUAGAAGGAGUGAUAAUCCCAGUCUUUUUUUAUCUUGGUCAACUAUAUGUGUGUAGCUAAGAGGCUUACGUCAAGCUAACAGCGGCAGGAAUGCCUUUGGGCCAGAUGGUUCCUGUGUAAACUAUCAAGCCUCUCCCAGCUCCCAGAAGCCCCCCUUAACCUACAGCAUAUGUUCCUCACCCCGGCCCUCCUUACCUCAACACCACUGCAGCUCUGCCAGAAACAUUACACCUUCCCUUUAUUUCAUUUGUAACAUGGCAGGCACAGGACGUGUUCCUGUGACAUCUGACGUCGUUGCGGUUUUGCUUUGGUUGAUGCGCUGUCGGUUUUAUCCACUGGUUGAAUUAUUUGAAGAUAUCAGCAGGUAACAGCCGAUACCAACCAGUUAAGUGGUAAACAAACAAACAAACAAAAAAAGAUCCUGUGGAGUGUUUUUUUUUUUUUUUCAAGGAUUUUCUAGAGCCUUUUUUCUAGAUUCCGUCUUGAACUGCUUUCCAGUGCUCACAGAAGGGGUUGUCUCCCAAUUUUUCCUGGUGUACCAGAUUCCAGCGUGCUUUGUGGCACGUGGUGUGUUUUAUUUACACUGAUUGUUGUUUGUGCUUAAUUUAAUAGUCAUUAAUAUAUUUGACCUUUUUUGUGUGUGUCAGACAAAUGAUAUAUGACAAUGGCUUUGUAUGGUUGGUGCUUUAUUUGACAGUGUACAAAUAAUGAUCCCUUUAUCCUGAAGUUGUUUUGUUUUCCCACACUGCAAACAGUAUUUUAACAAGCUAAAGUACAGUUUUAUUGUACUGGUGCUAAGCUAGAUUUUGUGUUGACAAUCAAUGAAGUUUUGUUUGAACUGAAACCAAUAAAUAUUUAAAUGAAGAGACAGAGAUGUAAAGAUAGAGUUUAGUUUCACUACUUAUGGAAAUACAGCGAGACCUGAAGAAAGUACUUGGUUUUGACUGAAGAACGCAUAUUGCUUCAGUGAUCUCUGUUCAUAGAGGAGAGCUGUUUAUUUGAUUUUUUUCCUUUUUUUUUUUUUUUUUUUUAAGAAGUCAACCAGAAUAAAGCAUGAUUGUCAAGU